GAGGUAGUCGAGGAUUCGGCUGGUGCGGAGUCCGACAGUUCGUCCUAGGUGCUGAUAGUGAUUUUACAGUUGGGGAAGGCUGUCUUGAGUUUCGGCUAAUAUGGUCUUGCAGUGGAACCCAGAGCAGACGGCGGUGCUCAAACUCUUCCGUCGCAUGCUGAGGCGGGCCGACUCCCCGAGGCGCAUCCGGGUCGAGGGGCCCGCGGCGUCGGGGAAAAGCGCGCUCCUGCAGGUACACAGUACCCGCUGCUGCGGUCGGAGCGGGGCAGGAGUCGCUGACGGCCGUCUGCUCGUUCAGGAGAUGGAGAGCCUGAGCCUGGCGCGGUGGCCGAACGGCGUGAUGGUGCUGGCGCCCACCAACACGGCGGCGGACGCCGUCGGCGGCCGCACCCUCCACCGCGCCCUCGGCAUCCCCAACACCGCGCCCUACGCGCCCCUGGACCAGGCCGCUCUGAGCGAACUCGGCCUGGGCGCGGUGCGCGUCGUGUUGCUGGAUAACUACCACCAGGUCAAUCCGCACGUUUUGUACACCGCAGACCGGCGCUUCAGGCAGGCGGCGGGCAGCGACGGGGAGCCGUUCGGCGGGCGGAUCGUGGUGGUUUUCUCAGACGACCGGUCCAUACCCCCUUAUCGGAACCCGGCGCUGGACAACGGGCUGGACUACGUGCUGGACACAUUCAGCAGCCCCGUCCUCACCCUCUCGACGACGUAUUUCGCGGACCCGACGUUUGGCGCCGCCGUGGGCAGGCUGAGGGCGGGCGCCGUGUCGGCGGCCGACAGACAGAUGUACGACACGAGGAAGCUGGAGGUCUUGGAGCCGGAGGAUCAGCCCGCCUUCCUGGAAGGGGCGAAAGUGUGCUACAAUAAGGACGACUGCGCCCACUUUAAUCACGUCUAUAGGCGAGUGCACACCCGCUUAACCUGGACCUAGAUCCUCACAUUACGGUGACGCCGUCUUUCCCUCUGGCGUGUUACAGAGCCGGGCACCCGGCGGGCACCGGCGCGCGCACGUUCGCGAGGGAGGGCGGCGAGCCCAACGCGACGGUCACCGUCUGGCCGGGCGCGGCCGUCGUCAUCACCAAGAACCUGCCCGACGUCGUGCAGGCCGGCUCUCAGGGGGUUGUCGCAACCGUGGCGGCCGGCGAUGUCUUGGUGCGGUUCGCCGAGGUGCCAGAGGGCGCCGCCGCCGCCCCCAUGUUGAUGGUGCCGGACAGGGGGGACGGGCUGCCGCUCGCCGCCCCAACCGCCUACACAGUCCCAACCGCGCAGGGGCUCCGGUUUGACAGGGUGAGG